AUGUCGUCGACCAUGAGUGUUUCGCCCUCCCCAUCACCACGCAUGCGACGCCCGCAGCAGCAUGCUUCCCCGCUCGCAAACCGGUAUAGGCAGAUCGACGACGGCGACACGUACGACGACUACAACGGCUACGGAGCACAAGCAGCUCCGCCAACACCAACCGAGAACCGUGCGCGAGGCGGUGAUCGUGGCGGCUUCUACCAAGGUUCACUCAACGACGGUCCAGGACCAGCAGCGCAGCAGACCUCGCUACGCCCUGCAGUCGAUCCUUUGAGCCCUUCGUCUGUUUCUUCAUCCCCGUACCAGCCUUAUCAAGCACAAACACAGCAUCAUACCCCGUCACACAUGCGUGCCCAGAGCUACAGCCAGGACUACAAUCGCAGCAACAACUACGGCUACCGCCCCAGCUACGCCUCGACGAGCGGUGCCGGCUCGUCGUCCGCCACUCACACACGAAAGCUCAGCACCGGCAACCUCCGCCCGGUGCAGGAGUACCACAACGCCUUUGCCCAUGAGGACACUGCCUACACGGCCUCUCCAUCCGUCUCCGUAUCACCCACCCUACCCCGGCCGCCGUCCACCUCGGCCUCGCCCGCGCACUCACCGACACCUUCUGCAUCCUCAUCUCACUUUGCCACUUUGUCUUCUGCCUCGCGCGCCUUCCUAGAGCAUCGCCGUCAGCAGUCCAUCCCGAAUCUGCUGCCGUCGAUCCAGUCCAUCGGCAGGAACCUCGGCCGCGCGAUCUCGCCUGACCGUUCUUUACGAUCGUUCCAGUCACCCAGGCCGGCCAUUCCCACCCACAAGGACGACGACUGUGCGAGCAGCGACGAGUACAGUAAUAGUGACGGCGGCGGCGACGACGACGACGACUACAGUAGUGAAGACGAGGACGACAGCCGCCGUAACAGCGGGAACAUGUCUUUUACGGGUGACAGGCGGCCAGCGAAUAAAAGCGACAAUUUGUAUACAACCUACAAGGGCGGCAGCAGCAGCAACAGCAACAGCAAUAACGUCAGCAAAAAUCCGACUGACUCACCCUCCGCGGCGGGCGGGUUUUCAAAUUGGCUAUCGGGAGGUGCCAAGGCCACGAGCCCGGACCGGGCCGCAUAUCCCAAGUCGUCACGUACCACAACACCGGAGCCCAAAGUUUUAGAUUUAAUGCUACGAGGCGGACCGAGCAGUGGUGCCAGCCCGACGACUCGUAGAGCCAUGUCCGUGGCCACCGAUGCAUCAGCAACACCAAGAAGCACCAUAACGGCAGCAGCGUCGACUACCUCGCCCUCGCGCUUCUCUCAGCUCGCUACCUCCAUGACAGCGACGCUUUCCCGCCUCACACAACAGCAGUCGCCUGCGAACCCACGUGCUCUCGCGACCGGUGCGUCGUUUGAGCAGGAUGAGUUCUACACAAUGGACCUGGACGCCGCCCUCUUUCCGUCUGGUCACCCUUCUGACCGGGACGCCUUUUCACCGUCCGCCUUUAAGAAUCUGGAAACAAAUGCUCUGGGUGCCCUGCGCCGGAUGCAGGCCGCCUACCGGCAGCGUGCUGUUGCACACCACGACCUCGCUGCCGAAAAGAGCGUGCGCGACGAAGAGCUCGAAGAAGCGGAGACUCGUGCCCAGCACCUCAAAAUGCAGCUGGAGGGCAUGGCACGGCGGGCAGCCGAUCAGCAAAAGGAGAUGCAGGCUCUGAUGGACGAGCUGGCGGCUGAGAAAAAGGCCCGCGCACAAGAACGCGCCAUGCUCCUGUCCGGUCCGCCAACAACACCAACAGCCACGGCCACGGCGUCCAUGGCAUCCACCGUCUUGUCCGAAGACCUGGGCGUGGACGAAGCACAGCGUGAUCAGAAGCAGCGUAACGCGUCGUGGCGCCGCCGCAGCCUCAAGUCCAACGGCAGCAGCUACGACGGCAACUGCAGCGAGGAAGAGGGCGAGAUCAGCAGUGCCCUCGACGAGGACGAGAGGAGCAACAGUAGCAGUAGCGUGUUUUCGCGCUCGCGCAGUCCCACAUUUACGCCGAGUAUCAACCUCAGCCUCGACCACGCAGCAGGCGUCGAUAACCAGCCACAGGUUGCCCACCCGCGUGUGGCGGCACUGGGCUCCGGUUCUGGCGGUUCCAUGCGCGUGCCGAGCGGCAACCGUUCCGUGUCGUCCGCAUCCACGGUGAUGGUUGUCUCCCAGUUCCAGAAACUCAUGAAAAAUAUGACGGCGGCUAUUAAGGACGAGGAGCCCUCGGCCGAUCGGCUGGGCAGCAGCAGCAACUGCCGCAACUGCCGCGGGGAAGACGUCAGCUUUGCCUGGAACACGGUCAGCGUUCUGCGAGACGAGAACAAGCAUCUCAAGCAACGGGUCGGCCAGUUGGAGGUGGCUGUCGAGGGCGCCUUGGACAUGGUUAACGGCGUCGGUCUUGACUAG